AUGCCCCAUCUACUGUCGCUCCCAGUAGAGGUCAUACUGCACAUAUGCCGGCAACUCCGGCAUCCCAGGACUCUGUCUUGCUUCUGCCGAACCUCCAAGGCCUUUCAUUCCAUCGCCACUCCCAUACUAUAUGCUUGUUUUGACAAUGGAGGUCUUGACGGGUCACCUGUAGAACGCGGCUUGGAACAGAGCAUCAAGUUCCUGACGGCAAUCAGCCUGCGUCCCGAGCUUGGCGAAUUCGUGCGGGAGCUACGUAUCGAAGGCUCUUGCUCCAAGGUUUUCGAUCAAAGUCAAGACGACAUGUUCCGGAAAGCGGCAGCGAGACUGGGCAUGGACAUUCCCUGCCCCAGCCAGCAGGGAUUCGAGGCCAUGGCCUGUCUGCUCAUCACCCAGACACCCAAUUUGACGACCCUCGACGUCUAUAUUGCCAACAACGGGCAUGAUCGUGAUGAUUCUAGCCCUUUCGGAAUACUCGAAAAUGCAUCUCCGCCUGUGCCGUUGCGCAUCGCGCUGCCGCAUUUACGUCAGCUGCAUCUAGGCCAGAGCAGCGAGGAGGUCUCUCUGCGAUACUUUGGCGGCAUCCUUCAGUUUGCGGCCGGCUUGACUGACCUCACCCUGCGGACAAGCUUCAAACCACCUCCUGCCAGCGUGCUCUGCGAUGAUUUGAUGCAUUUCAGGAACGUCACCCACUUAGACGUCAAGGGCCUUAACUGGACCCAACGUGGGCUGGACUUUGUCGUUUCUCGGUGUCAUGCGCUCGUCAAGUUUCGUUACCAGAGCCUGGAAGUGGCACACGGUAUCGCAUCGCCUACUGUCACCGCCAGGGAGCUCAUUGAGAUGUUGAGACAGCACGGCCACAACAAGACGCUCCGAUCUCUUAAUGUAGAUAUGAAGUAUCUCUACCCCCCCUUCAUAUGCCCCGACGGUGAACAAGUGCCGUCACUCAAAGACUUCUCGCGGCUGGAAACUUUCUGUGUCGAUGGCACCUCGAUCCAGUUUCCCGCGCCUGGUUCGCCUGAUUACCGCACCGACAUCUUGACCAAUAUGCUGCCCAGCUGCGUUCGCCACUUCGACCUUACUUAUGCACCAAACGAGUCCGUCACGAAUCUGGCGUACGAGUAG